AUGCCACCCAGAAAGAAAAUCAAGACCGCCCACCCUUCGUCCGAAAACACAUCGGGGAACGCGAAUGCGUCCUCCGAGCCCGACAUAAUAGGUUCAACAGGCCGACGCGGACUGUGCGACCUUCCGACCGAGGUGCUGCACAUGAUCGGAGGCCUUCUGCACCCUAAAGACUUGUUCAGCCUGUGCCACACCUGCAAAGACAUCCGCGCCUGCUACUGGUCCAAAGGCGCGGAAAGGGUGAUUUGGUAUAAAGACGCUGCCGAGCAAGUGGCGACCGUCGAUCCCGCCCUCAGCGAUGCUAUCCUUGAUUGGGAGACAUACCCGGACUUCUUCACGGUCUUGAGUCUAUCUAGCCGUAGAUACAACGACAGGUGGAACCUGCUUCUUCGGCGCGACGUGGACGCGGUCGUUAAACGGUACAAGAAACUUACGGCUCCCGUGUCUAAAGAUGCGUUAGACCAGUUCACCGGCACUCUGGAGGACGAGUACAGCCAGCGUCAAGAGUGUCGUAAACUUGAAGAAUGGUUGAGUGGGAGGCGCACAGCGGAGCUCCGCUCUGUCAAGGAUAGACGGUUAGAAAGCAUCCUGGAUCGCCUAUGCAAGGCAGGUUGGGGCUGGGAACUAGGUUACAUGGACCAUCUGGAAAUGGACAACUUCGCUAAGCUCCCUUCAGUGCGUCUGCCUAAGCCCUUGACCGACGCAGAAUGGCCGAGGGUGAUGAACGCGGUACAGGCCACGCUCGACAAGGUACGCGAGGACGUGUUUGCCACCGAACGCCAAAUCGAGCUCCGCGUACGCCAUAAAGACCUCCAAUCGGCCAUCCAAGGACACUGUGUGCAGUUCCCCCGGACCGCGCACAUGAUGCUCCACCCUAAGCCGAUCGACUUCGCCUUCAGGCCCAAGUGCCGCACCAUCCUCGAGCGCUCCAUGAUAUACAGUUAUGGCGGAGAAAACAUCCCCUUCCGACGCAUGACUCCCGGGCUCGUCAAGAGAUGGAACGCGGACGUCAAGAAGAAGUUGACGCGCCACCUGUGCCAGUACCUCCCACCCGUCCCAUCUGGCGUCGACCCUCUCAAUCUGGCGAUCGCUAUCUUCACCUGUUCUCACUGCACGGGAGUCAGUAAUGACACAUUCCAGGUGAACGCCCGCGCCCGAAUCAUGCGAUACCCCGAAGUACUCUGCCACCAGUGCCUACGCAUCGAAGAUGGCGAUUUCCCGAACCCGGAGGAUGAUUUGUAUACGCGUAUCGUCACCCGGCCUAACUUCAUCACCAACAAAUACAAGCGCAACGAGGAGCGCGAACGCCUGACUUGGAGGUGUAAGCCCUUCAGCCUCGACCGCCUGAUAGACGGGCCCGUGGCGGUUGCGCAUAUCGAACGGAUGCGUAGGGUCGUCUCGGCGCUGGGCCUUGAUGCGACACGAGCGACUACCGACGAGCUGAAGGCAUGUGGAGGCUGGCUUCGUUGCGCGCUCUGUGAGCCUGGCGGCCCAGAGGCGCCGGUGAAGCAUGUAUACGACUGGGUCGCCGCGUUCGAUCAUGAGCACGUGCACUUCGGUAGCCGUAUCGACGGCGGUGGUGCAGAUAGAGAUCGCAUGUGGCAACGCGUCGACCAGCCGGAGGUCCUGGCCACCGUCGUCGAGGAGCUCGAGCCCGUAGCCCGCAACGCCCUUCUCUCCGACCCCGGCCCCUACUGGUGCUGCUCUUUAUGUGACUAUGAGUCAAGCAUAGAAUGGGUCGAUGACCACCUAGAAGAAGUGCACAAUAUGGAGGAUGCUGCUCAGGCGAUCCAGGAUGGCACAAUAUUCAGACAUCCUUGGAUAGACCCUGACGAGGGGCGCUGUAUCAAGCUCGUCUGAAUAGGAGCAGGGCGUUGCGCCUUCCGAGGCCUGAGCUAAUUAAGGGGGCUCGGCACACGAUUCU